GAGCUCAACUUUUUUUUUGGAAGCCUCUGAAGUAAAUAGCUAAAAGUGGUAAAGUCCUUUGGCAGAAUAUAUCACCGCCUUCCGUAAUAUCACAAGCGUAUACACUAGUGAUCGCAUCGAUAAAAUAAAAUUUCUAUCUAAUAUUCGUUCGUUUGUUCCUCGCACUCGAACAAUACCACAACUUAAUUCCAAAAGUUUUUUAUUGCUAAAUAUGUCCAAGGAAGACAUUCCAUUGAGUAACGAAGGUACUGUUGCCGUCGAGGAUAUUUCUUCCUUGACCAUCCAGGAUCCUGAGUCAUCAGUUGCUACUGAUCGCCCGGAACUUCCCCAUCGUUCUCAUAAUCCAGAAAACAACAUGAAAAGAUCAGACCCCUUUCAGUUUGGUUCUCGAUAUCUCGGUGAACAAGAUAACGUCUUCGAGUUCAAUGCAUGGGACCACGUCGAGACUGAUGAUACUUACAAGGAGUAUGCAGAACUACAAUACGCGAAGCAGCGCGAAGCUCCUGUGUCGGAAUUUGACAAAAGUACGUUUUUUUCUACUUCUCUUGCCCCACAAACACUGUGUUAUCCUUUUGAUACAGUGCUACUAUGACGAUAAACAUAAUUCAUCUGAGGUUACUAGCCUCUGAACGAUACAAAUAUAGCAAUGUCUUUCGCUCCUAUCUGACUGUAGUUCAAAUUCUUGAAAUUUUUCAUGGCUUGUUUCUAUCAACAACUAACAAUUUGUUUCAGAUAGAUUCAACUCCGAUCCCGCAAAAUGGUGGAACAAUUUCUAUAAAAAUAACACUGCCAAUUUUUUCAAAGAUCGCAAAUGGCUCCAACAAGAAUUUCCUAUCCUUUCUCAAGUGACGGAGCCAACCUAUGGACCAGUUACCAUUCUGGAAGUUGGUGCUGGCGCAGGUAACACUGCUUAUCCAAUAUUAAAACAUAAUCAAAAUACUGAAUUGAAAAUCCAUGCUUGCGAUUUCUCCAAGAAAGCAGUGGAAGUGAUACGUGCGAACGAAGCAUAUGACACCAAGAACAUACAAGCAGACGUAUGGGAUGCUGCUGGCGAUGAUCUUCCCCCAGGAUUGAAAGAAAGUAGUGUUGAUGUUGUGAUCAUGAUCUUUAUCUUCUCUGCACUUUCCCCAAGCCAAUGGAAUCGGGCUGUCCAAAAUAUCUUCAAAGUCCUCAAACCAGGUGGUGAUGUGCUAUUUCGGGAUUACGGCCGCGGUGAUCUAGCUCAAGUGCGUUUCAAAAAAGGUCGUUAUCUGGAGGAGAACUUUUACAUCAGAGGGGAUGGAACUCGGGUAUAUUUCUUCGAGAAAGACGAGUUGGUCAACAUUUGGACCGGAAAACUUCCCGAGUCAGACGCUGAGGGCAAAGCCUUAGUGAUAGAACAAGAUAGUGGCUUCGAUGUAAUUGAUUUAGGCGUGGAUAGAAGGUUACUGGUUAAUAGAGCCAAGGAACUAAAGAUGUAUAGAUGCUGGAUGCAAGGCCGGUUCAAGAAGAAGAGUUUGCCUAUCACCAAUUCAAAGUAAAUUUUUCAUCCAUGAUGUAUAAUUCAUACUCUAUUGCCAUUUCUGUGCCAUAGAAUGAUACUAGUUGUGUCAUAUUGAGGGUGUUCAUCAUAGCUCAGUAAGGAGUUGGAGUAUAAAUCUCUGUGC